AGAAGUAGUUUAAUCUUUUCUGACCCGGAAAUCUAAGAAAAAUAAUAAUAAAUUCAUAAUAAUUGUAUAGUCUCAUCUCACAUAACCUCUGGAAAAUCCUUACCUUUUGAACAACAAAGGAUUAUGAAACUUUUUUGAGGAAGCAAACACAGAAAAGAGAGGAAAAGCCAAGAGUCUAGCAAAUUUGUGACAAAACCAACCCAAUCAACCAUUCUUACACUCUCUCGAGCAUAUUAUCAUACACUUGGUGUGCCGUUUUUUACACCUAUACAUCAUUCAAGGUAGUUCUCAAGAAGGCAAGCCAAGAAAAAUUGUUUUAACGGAUUUUUUGAGAAAAGCGGCUGCCAAGAAGCUGGAAACAAGCCAGCCAUGGCCUCCUCACAAGCAAUGCUAGUGAAACUCAUCAUGAUAGUAGUAGUUCUGGUAAUGAUUUUGUCUUCAGCAGUUGCAGCACCACCAACAAUUGCAGAUUUAAAAAAGCUUGGCUGCACGGACCUUUGCGGAAAUGUAAGCAUCCCAUACCCAUUCGGCUUGAAAGAGAACUGUUAUUUGGAAGAAGGUUUCCUCGUUACUUGUAAUCAAUCCAAGCCAUAUAUUGGGAAGACCAAUAUCACUAUUUCAGAUAUAUUCCUCGAGGAGGGUGAGUUACGCAUCAUGCAGUCAAUAUCUCGUGAUUGUUAUGACCAGUUAGGUACACCAUUACAAAGCAACAUCAACACAUCGCUCGAGCUGCCCAAAUUCACCAUAUCUAAUACCAAAAACAAGUUCACUGCUAUUGGUUGUGACACAAGUGCAAGUAUCCAAGUUUCUGGAGUAGCACACAAUUAUUUCAUUACAACUGGGUGUCUGUCUGCAUGUAGCACACGUGGCUACAUUCCCGAUGGAAAUUGCUCUGGAAUUGGGUGUUGCCAAACCUCCCUCCCAAACGGAGGGGCAUAUGCAGACAUUUCCCUAGCGAGCUUCACCGCUCAUAGGAAAGUAUUCGACUUUAAUCCCUGUAGUUAUGCUUUUGUUGUUGAAGAUGGUGCAUUUAAUUUUUCCAGAAGUUACCUCGGUAAUUUUAGUGAAGAAUAUAUGCCUAUGGUGCUUGAUUGGACAAUAAGGAGUAAUAUUUUUACGUGCGAAGAGGCUAAAAGAAAUCAAAUGAGUUAUGAAUGUGGACAAAAUAGUGAUUGCUAUAAGCCAGACCAUGGUCCUAGCACUAGUGGUUAUAUUUGCAAGUGCUUGCCAGGUUACCAAGGAAACUCGUACCUCUUAGAUGGUUGCCAAGACAUAAAUGAGUGUGAAUAUCCAAAUGUCAAUAUGUGUGAACAUAAAAAUAAAUGUGUCAACACGCUAGGAAAUUAUACAUGUUCUUGCCCCAAGGGAUACCAUGGCGAUGGCAGAAUAGAUGGAAAUGGUUGCACUGCUGGUCGAUUUCUGGUGAUUCAGCUUGUGGUUGGUUUCGCCGUUGGUGGAAUGGUUGUUUUGGCGAGUAGCUCUUGGUUGUACUGGAUUUUUAGGAAAAGAAAGCUCAUCAAGCUUAGAGAACAAUUCUUUAGGCAGAAUGGUGGAUUGAUGUUGCAACAACAACUCUCUAGACAAGACAAACCGACACAGGAAUUGAUUAAAAUCUUCACUUCAGAAGAGCUCAAGCAGGCUACCAACAACUAUGAUGAGAGUAGAAUUGCUGGCCGAGGAGGUUUUGGAAUAGUUUACAAGGGAAUUCUACCAGAAAACAAGAUAGUGGCUAUCAAGAAAUCCCAAAUGGUGGAUGAAAGUCAAAUAGAGCAAUUCAUCAAUGAGGUGGUCGUGCUUUCACAGAUCAAUCAUAGGAAUGUGGUCAAACUCUUAGGUUGUUGUUUGGAAACUCAAGUCCCUUUACUUGUCUAUGAAUUCAUCACCAAUGGCACUCUCUUUGAGCAUAUACAUAAUCAAAGCAAGGCAUCUAAUAUAUCAUGGGAAAAUCGUUUGCGAAUAGCUGCAGAAACUGCUGGAGUACUGUCAUAUUUGCACUCUGCAGCGUCGAUUCCUAUCAUCCAUAGAGAUGUUAAGUCUACAAAUAUACUCUUAGAUGAUAAUUACACUGCAAAAGUGUCGGACUUUGGAGCAUCAAGGUUGGUUCCAUUAGACCAAAAUCAAUUAGCCACAGUGGUGCAAGGAACUCUUGGAUACUUAGACCCUGAAUACAUGCUUACAAGCCAGCUGACCGAGAAAAGUGAUGUUUAUAGCUUUGGAGUAGUCCUUGUAGAGUUAAUCACUGGAAAGAAGGCAUUGUCAUUCAACAGGCCAGAAGAGGAGAGAAAUCUGGCUAUGUAUUUUAUUACUUGUAUGAACAAUGAUUGCUUGAACCAAAUUAUUGAUGAACACAUGGUAAUUGAAGGAAACACUGAGGAGCUCAAAGAAGUUGCUAAUCUUGCAAAGAGAUGCUUGAGAGUAAAAGGGGAGGAAAGGCCUUAUAUGAAGGAAGUGGCGAUGGAACUGGAGGGGUUGAUCAGGAAAAAGAUAUCUAAAAAUGGUUUGAAUUAUGCAGAGACUGAGAACAUGCUUGGUAACGCAUCAAUUGGAUAUGUAGUUGGUGGUUGUGGAAGCAACACAACAGCAGUUGGGGUUGAUAGUAUGGUGGAAGAUAUGCUAUUGCAUGGUGGGAGGUGAUUUGAUUGUUUUGUGUUUGUCCAUGAUGAUAACAACUUCAUUGAUGAUUGUUACACUUGCAUACAAGUGAUGAAUUCUUUUAAAUUUCUUUUACUUUCUUAUGUAAAAGUUUGUUAGUGACUCACUCACUUUUCAUUAAUCUUGUCCGUUCAUAUCAUUUUGUGUCAUAUUUUAAGUUUUAUAUUUCUAGACUUAUCAGAAUACAUGAAAUAAAUAAAAUUUUACAGAAUUUGUUAGUGAGAUUCACUUA